AUGCAAAGAAAAAAAACUAUUGAGAAACCGAGACUCGCAAAUAAAGGUAGACAUAAAACUGCUUGGGGAGAAAAGGUGUCAAAGGGAACAAAGAAGAAGUUUGUGUCUAAGGAAGGAAAACAUAAAGCUCUCAGUAAAGCAAGGGUGGCAAAUGAAAUUACAGAGGAGUGGUCAAUGGGGGCUAAGAAAUUUAAAUGGAAGAGUCACAUAAGAAACGCCAAAAGCAGUGCAAACAAUGUCAUGCAUUUUCCGAGGACAAUAGCUAAAAGAUGCAUUCGAUUCAAGCAAAAGGAAAUCAAAAUGGUGGAUGUGGAUACAAAAAAAGUUUUUACAUGUUAG